CUCCGCGACAAAGCUAGAUUCCAAAAUGGCUUCACUUAAUGUCACAUCCUUCCACCAUGACCUGACAAGUGAGAAGGUCGGAGCCCUUCAGACUGAGGAGGUAGUUAUCCAGCGACUGACUGAUGAUGACUUGUUUCGAAUGUCCCGGGAUGCUAUGCCCAGGUUUUGGACCAGGACAGGAUGGAGGCUUUGUCUAGUGAUGUUUGUGCAAGGCUGUAACCAAGCAGGGUAUGGUGUCGACUGGGCGGUCAUCGGAAAUAUCAACUCGUAUAAGUCGUGGCAUAACUACUUCGGCUUCGAGACCAGUGGCACUACUUUUGCUCACAUUACCGCAUUGAUGAGAAUUGGCACCGUAUGCGGAGCCCCAUUCCUGGCCUUGAAUGAUAAAAUUGGGCGUCGAGGUGUCAUGUUCCUUGGAAAUGCUAUGGUCAUCGUGGCAGCUCUCAUGCAAGGCCUUGCUCCCAAUGUCUCCUGCUUCAUGGCUGGCCGUUUCUUCCUGGGCUUUGGGUCUGCCCUGAUGUCGACACCUCAGUACAUCGCCGAAGUAUCACCCGUCCAUCUCCGCGGCCGAAUCGUCGGUCUAUUUGGAGCUUGCUUCCAAAUCGGGAGCGUGGUAAUGAAUGCUGGCAUGAUAGGUACUGCAACCAUGGCUGAAACGAACAACUGGUCGUGGCGUAUCCCACUGCUUCUGCAGUCCUUUUUCCCACUGGUGGUCUGCACGUUGAUCUAUCUGUGCACGCCCGAAUCACCUCGCUAUCUGAUCAUGAAAGGCAAGCGCGACGAGGCAAAAGAGGUCAUUGCAAAAUACAUGACGAACUCAGAGUCCACGUCCGAACCCCUGGUCAAUGUGGUUAUCGCACAGAUAGAAGAAUCGCUCGAGACAACUAGGACCGGCUUCAGGCAGUCGUGGAAUUUCGCCGUUUUCGUGACUAAAAUUGUACGAUAUCGUCUGAUGGUGCUCAUCCUUUACUCCAUGUUCCAAUCUUGGAAUGGAGGUGGUAUUGUCUCAUAUUACCUAACACCUGCCCUCGAAACUGUCGGAGUUGUGGCUACAAUCCCGCAGUUGGGUAUUUCUCUCGGACUGACAGCUACCUACUUCAUAUUCACCGCGAUCGGUGGCUGGUUCAUUGACUUGUUCAAGCGUCGAACCCUCAUCUUCGCUGGCCUCAUCGGCAUCAUCUGCAUGCAGACAGCCGCAACAAUCACGUCUUGGCAAUACAACCUGAAGCCUUCGACGACGACGAGUGCACUUACCAUCAUGUGGAUGUUCAUGUUCCAGAUCAUCAGUGCGCUCUUCAUUGCCACAAUGCAUAACCUGUAUCCGGUCGAGAUUUUGUCCCUUCCGCUUCGUGCCAAGGGAAUGGGUUUGUACGGUGUGAUCCAAGGCGCUGCCGGCGCCAUAGAGGCGUAUGGCAUCUCCAUUGGUAUUAGCAAGAUUGGAUACAAGAUCUGGGUCGUGUAUAUCGUGUACAACUGCCUACAGCUGAUUGCGGCCUACUUUGUAUUCCCAGAAACGAGUAAGUUGACACUCGAAGAGAUUGACGCCGUGUUCGAGACGCCAGGUACAAGGCCUGUUCCGAUGAGCUUGACUAUCCAGAAGGCCAAGGUGGAGAAGAUGAAGCUGGAAAGAGAGGCCAGCCACGGCGAUGUGCUGGGUAGAAAUGAUUAG